UAACGUCAGCCCGGAAAAUACCGUAAACAUUGUUUGUAAAUAAAACUGUCCAGACAUCGCAACAUUUAUCGUUGAGUAAUAAUGAUAAAAGUAUAUAUUUAUGUGAAAUGUCGCUGAAGACGGCAUUGACCAUCGAGAUUGCUCAGGACAAUGAAUAACGUCAUUCAAUCCGGCAGUACGUGUGACCGUCUAAUUGAUGACUACACCAAUUUAUUACGAAAUUCUAACCAAACGCAGGGUCUUUACCGUUUGCUUGUGCUAAUAAUCACCGAUUAUUCUGUUUUCGAUUUGUGCUCCUUCAAAAUUAAAAAUGCGAGGUCUUAAGAUUACACUGGCCCAUCAACAGCCAAAUUAAAAUUUGCCUCGAAAAAUACUUAGCCGUGAGGAAUCUACACAAUGGCGUUAAUACUGCAGUAUAUAAAUGACAUGCACCUGUUUAUGGACAAAUAUGGAGAUCCUCGAACGAAUCCAUGGUUCCUGAUGAGUUCCCCGUUACCUACUUUAAUAAUAUGCCUAAGUUACGUUUAUCUAGUCAAGGUUUUAGGUCCACGAUUUAUGGAAAAUAGGAAGCCAUAUGAACUAAAAAAUUUUUUAGUAGCAUACAACUUGUUUCAAGUAUUGUUCAGCUCAUGGUUAUUUUACGAGAUCGGCUCAUCGGGCUGGUUCACAGGCAGGUAUAACUUUCACUGUCAGCCGGUCGACCACUCCAAACAUCCACAAACAAUGAGGAUGGUUUAUGCCUGCUGGUGGUACUAUUUUUCCAAAUUCACUGAAUUUCUUGAUACGAUCUUCUUCGUGCUGCGAAAGAAGUUUGAUCAUGUGUCUACCCUGCAUGUGAUUCAUCACGGUGUGAUGCCAAUGUCAGUUUGGUUCGGCGUCAAAUUCACGCCUGGCGGUCACUCUACUUUCUUCGGUCUCCUCAACACUUUCGUCCACAUCAUUAUGUACACUUACUACAUGCUGGCAGCCAUGGGACCACAAAUGAGGCCCUACCUUUGGUGGAAGAAGUACCUGACUACAUUACAAAUGGUGCAAUUCGUGGGCAUAAUGGUGCAUGCAUUCCAACUGCUAUUCAUUGAGUGCGACUACCCGCGUGCUUUCGUCUGGUGGAUCGGCAUGCAUGCUGUUAUGUUCUUCUUCCUCUUCAGAGACUUCUACAACCAGUCUUACAGCCAGAGGCCUAAGGUCCGCGCUAAAUCUCCGAAACCGGACGCAAUAGAGACGACAGAGAUCAAAGACAAAGAAAUAACGUACAAAAACGGCUCAACUAAGAACGGCUACAGUAACGGGCACACGAACGGAACUCUAGUACGUGCCCGCACGGUACUGCCCGCCGGCAACUGACGCCGCGUCACCAACCCCACCUAGCAUUCCGGAACAUUCUGUGAUUCAUAGCCGAGAGUGGUCGCCGGACGUUGAAGCCAAAGCUUUAGACGUAGCCUGGGGGAGGUUAUUGAGGGUCAACUGUUUACCCUUAUCACUAAAUAAUCGUCGUGUUAUUGUCAGUUACCAUAAGUAAAAUCCUCCCACAGGGUUAAGGAACAAAAAAGUCCUUGCUGCGCCAAUAGCUGAAGCUGUAUUUGUGCGUGUGGACUUGCGGGCCCAGCCGCCUGCCGGCCGGCGCCCGCACUUGUUAGUGUUAAAUGAGAUUUAUUUAGUGUAAAUAUAGAUGGUAUCAAUGGUGUAAAUUUUAUUUUAAUGAGAUGUAAAAGUAUAGCUAGAUUUGUGAUCGCAUAGCGUUUUGUACUUUUAUUAGAAGUUAUAGAAAUUAGAAAUUAUAGGACAUCUGAAAAGCAGUCAUAAUAAUCACCGAUAGUCUUUGUAAAAGGGUGCUUUUUCAAUGUUUCAUGUUUUUUUAUAGUUUUGUGGAAUAAAGUACCUUGCCGCAAUUAAGUUAAUACAAUGAAUAAAUACGAUUAUUAUAAAUGAGCAUUAGAUAUUUCAUAUUAUGAAGUGAAAUAAAGCAAUUUUCUUGGAAUAUUUUUAAUAACGUUUGUUAUACAUAAUAACUUUGAAAUUAGAUAUAUUCAAAGUAAUAAUGACUGCACUCAUCGAAGUACAACCAAGUUUUGAUUUUUAUUUCAAAGAAGCAAUCGAAUCAAUGCAAUUUAGCGUAAUAUGACACCGAAGUGGUUGUGUUGGUUAUUUAUUUUGAUUAAUUUAUAUUUUAUUUAUACCAAAAUUAACUAUAAUAAGAUCAAAUUAAUAACGGGUUUUAUAGCAGUAGCCAGCAGCUCUUCCUUAGUCUUCCGUUUCAAUUUGUGCUUAGCUAAAUUACCAGGUGCUUAUAGUACUCGGAACAAUGUUGACUGCGAGCAGCCAAUAUUCGUCGCCAUUUUUUAUGCCCAUUUUCUUUCGUUUAACCAUUCGUUGAGUUCAUUUUAC